GAGGACCGGUAUCAGCGUCAGUAUUGUGAUACUGUGGUCGCUCAGUCUAUUGCAUAGGCAAAGCAGGGUGUUCUGGAGAUCUCGGAUCCUCGUAUUCACGGACUGCCUCGGAUUCGUCAUUAGAAGCGAAAGAAAAACCAGAUUUCCAAUGGGUCGAGACUGCAUUCAGAGCGCGCUUUCGCUUACCAAUUGGAUGGAUGGCAUCACGGACCCGACCACUUGGAGUACAGCGGGGUUCUGGUACCCAGAAACCCCGCCCCCACUAACUCGUCCCCUAACUACCAGUGCCUGAUACUGCACUGAGACCCCUAUGAUGCCCUGAAGGGUGUGCUGGGAGGCGACUUUAUUCCAGCGGAGUUGUUGCCAUGUUGGAUCGCCUUUAACCCCGUCGGACUGGACUGCCUCCCGCCUCACCCUCAUCAUAUUCCUUCCUUACCUGCCUUGCUUGCUUGGCCUAACACCUUGCAUCAGUAUCUAGCGGCCUCCACUUCUUACCUACGACGCAGGUAGUUAUUCCAUCUCCAUCUCCAUCUCCAUCUCUCUUCUCUUAUUGCUCUGCUUGAACCGACUUUUACCUGAGCCACUACUUCUCUUGUGUCCCUUCACGACUGCGACUCGUUUCUCCUCGCCUAUUACUGUCGCACGACCCUGAGAGCUUAAUAGCUUUCCCCUCACUGAGCGCUUCGCUUCUCUCCAGCCCCAACGUAACCUACUUAUUCCACCCGCAAUCCUCCCGCUAUCGACAUCGACAUCGAUAUCAUCAUCUACCACGUUUCUUACCGAUAAACGAUUCUCAGAAGAAGCCGUCCUUAUCCUUAUCCUCAUCCUCACUACGACGCCUUGAUUCGAGAGCUCCUCAUUUCCUUCGAGUUAAAAGAUAGCCCCAGACGUCCAAGUCUUUGAUCGACCGUUGCGCAAUUCGCGCUCUCUAUACCCCCCGCUGAUAACAUCGUAAAGUCCGAGGCGUCAUGGGUAAAUCACAGUCAAAGCUUUCCCAAGAUCAGCUCGUCGAGUUGCAGAAGUCGACUCAUUUCGACAAGAAGGAGCUUCAGCAAUGGUACAAGGGUUUCCUCAAGGACUGCCCCUCGGGUACGCUCACCAAGGAGGAGUUCCAGAAAAUCUACAGACAAUUCUUUCCCUUCGGAGAUCCGAGCUCGUUCGCCGAUUAUGUAUUCAACGUCUUCGAUAGCGACAAGUCCGGCACCAUUGAUUUUAAAGAAUUCAUCUGCGCGCUAAGUGUUACUAGCCGAGGCAAGAUGGAGGACAAGCUGGAUUGGGCCUUCCAGCUGUACGAUAUUGAUGGCGAUGGCAAGAUUAGCUAUGACGAGAUGCUCAAGAUUGUCGAAGCUAUCUACAAGAUGGUCGGUUCUAUGGUUAAAUUACCCGAAGACGAAGAUACCCCCGAAAAACGAGUGAGGAAGAUCUUCCGCAUGAUGGACAAGGACGAGAAUGGAAGUUUAGAUAUGGAGGAGUUCAAGGAGGGUAGCAAACGGGACGAGACUAUCGUCUCAGCGCUAUCUCUUUACGACGGUUUGGUGUAGGGGUAACGAGAUCCCGCCAACAACGACAUGAACGGAACACGAGCCAGGAACAAAGGGAAGGAAAUGAAAUCAAAGACAAACACCUACAAGUGAAAAGAAGGAUCCAUGGGUGCCAUACUGGCCAGGAGUGUGAGGAGCUUUUAUCUUUUUGCUUUCACUGUUUGUCUCUGACCCAAGCGCACGGCCUCUUGCUUUACAAGGACGCGACUCGAGGGAUCUUUGACUGCGGAAUAAAUCGCCUUGCUGUUUUUAUACCAGGCUCUGUAUUUUCAUUGAUUGUGAAUGUUUUGUUUGCGUUUAUGAGAGUGCUUUGAGAUUUGACUUCUUAGACGCCAUGGCGACCCCAAGCUCUUUCUUUCCAUGGUUUUAUACGGUCUCAUGCUUAGAUUUUGAGUAUUGGUUAGCUUAUCAUGUUUGGGCCCAGACGUUGUCUGGGAUGUGAGGGCUCGAUUUCUGUUGUGAGCUUCCGGUAUAUUGAUAUAUUUCGUCUCUGACGAAUCGAUUGCAGCUUAACAUGUGGUAGUCAUGACUGUUUGUCUUUCCCGGUAGCUUAAUUACUUCAUAUCAUGCCAUAGGAUUCAGGGACAUGUCUAGGUGAUUCUUUUUCCAGUUCCUGAUAUGUGUACUUACCUAUAUUUGAUGUAAAGCGGGAUCCACU